AUGGCCCGCAACCUCAAUGAUGUGCAAGACCUUCUUGAUCUUGCUAAUGAAGAUCCGGCAUUAUACAACAGUGCCUGUCAUAACGCUCGUAUUAAGCCAGUUUAUCACCCCUUCUGGGAGGCAUUUCCUUACGGAAACAUAUUUAUUGCCAUCACACCUGACAUCCUGCACCAAGGCUAUCAAGGGAUUGUCAAACACCUCGUCAUCUGGCUCAAUGAUGCUUUCGGCCCUUUAGAGAUCGACGCACGGUGUCGCAUGAUGCCCCCAAACCACAAUGCACGUAUUUUUAGCAAGGGAAUCACCACACUAAGCCGUGUGUCUGGAAAAGAACAUCGUGACAUGUGUCGCAUCCUCCUCGGUCUUGUCCUUGAUCUUCCCCUGCCCAAUGGUCGAUCACCUGUUCGUCUUGUUCGUGCUGUUCGCACGCUCCUUGAUUUCAUGUACCUUGCCCAGUAUCCCGUCCACACCACCCACACUUUGAAAUUUCUUGACGACGCACUUACUCGCUUUCAUGAUAACAAGGCAAUUUUUGUGGAACUGGGGCUCUUUGGCACAACCGACAAUUACAACACAGAGCAGUCAGAGCGGCUUCAUAUCGACUUCGCAAAAGAUGCCUAUCGUGUGACAAACCAUAAGGAUGAGUAUGCGCAAAUGACCGCAUGGCUGGAAAGGAAGGAAAAAAUCCUCCGCUUAGAGCUGAUGACUAAACAUCCCUCUCGCAAAGCUGUCACGCUCUCGGAUCUAGCUCUUGAAUACGGCGCAAUCGACUUUGCAGAUGCUUUGGCCGACUUUGUCAUCCUCCACAAUCAGCCGAACCUCCAUCCCACACUUGCUCACAAAGCCGCAAACAACCUCCUCAUCCCCUUUCAGAGACUCUCCGUCUUUCACAAGAUCAAAUUUUGGAACCAUGAUGCUUUUGAACGUGAGGAGGGGCCAGACACUUUAGACGCGGUCCACGUACGCAAUGCACGAAAGGACCGCCAAGGGCGCGCCGUACCCGGUCGUUUUGACACAGUGCUCAUUGAUGAUGGGUCUGCAGGCCCUCGCGGUGUGACAGGGCUCCACGUUGCUCAAGUGCACGUCGUUUUCGAGUUGUCCGAAAAUGUCGUAGCCGAGCUGUUUGAUCCCACCCGUCUGCCUCCACCGCAGCACUUUGCAUAUGUGGAAUGGUUCACACCUUUUCCAUCUGCACCAGAUCCUGAUCAUGGACUAUACAUGAUCAAGCAUGCCAUGCAGAACGAACGGCGUGUUGCGAGUGUUGUCCCAGUUGAGUGCAUCCGGCGCAGUUGUCAUCUAUACCCCCGCUUCGGCCCUCCUGCUCCACGACACUGGUCUAGCUUCAAUGUACUCCAAGAGUGUUCUGUUUUCUACGUAAACCCUUUCCUUGAUAGACAUACAGAAAUGACAGUAUAUUAG